AUGGAAGCUGCCAACGAAAUGGACUUUAAAGGAUACGAAAUACAGCCAUACAUGUUCGAACCAAAUCCAGAUGACGAAAUAGAAAGUGAAGAUUCGGAUUGUGAAUCAACUUCGACAGAAGAUAACCCCAAUGCAGAAUUUGAAGGAAUUAAUUCGUGGCGACUAACAACUCUUCAGUGGUGUAAAUGUGGUCAGUGUCAGAUUAUGACCAAAACAAUCGAAAGCUUUUGUUGUCAUGAAAAAGCCGUCGAAUACGAUGAAUAUGAUGCAAAGCUAAUAUCAGCUCAGAAUCAAGGGUUAACAUGUAUUUCAUUAUUGCCUGCUUUCGUGCAAAACAUGUUGUCGCAAGAUGUGCUCGAAGGUGAUGUCGCACAAUACUUGGAAGACAAUUCUCCGCAUGAUGAUGACGACCGUGCUAGAACGCACAAACUUUAUCGGCUAUCUGCAUAUCGACGAUGUUCGAGAUGGAUUUUUCAAAUUUUAGGCGAGAAAUGUCGGAGAGUGUUUCCAUCUUGUAUUUAUACAUGUAUACGAAAGAAAUUUGCUUCUCCUGAUGGACUGUACACGCACUUUAAGUUUGCAUCAUAA